AUGUUACAUAGCAAAAUCGCAAAAUACUUUAGAAUCAAAAUAUGCCCUUCAAGGCUGGCUCUUUUCUCAUUUUUCCACACGUUCCAUCCCGAGUGCGGUGUGGAACGGCUUAUGCUCCAGUAUAUACUUCAUGGCAUUUUUAUUGUUGUUGUGGGCUUGAUCACGAUUGCAAUAAGGCGAGCUCUUGGUGAGGAAUACUCAAAGCUUCUGAGAAAAAUGCAGAUGAUGAAGAAAAACGAAUUUAUCGAUCGAACUUCUCUUCAUGACAAGAUUUUGACGGAAUUGAUUCAGAAGAAAAAGAAACGAUCUUCUGCUUCUUCAAAAACCAUCUUGGCAGCGCAGUAA